ACUAAUAGAAGAAGAACCGCACCACGCAUGCGCAAAGUGACUAGUUUAAAAUAUGACUUCUUCGUGUGUUUUCUGUUCGUUUCACAGCAUGGCUCUUGUUCCGUAUGUGGAGAACUCGUUACCAGCCCUUUCCAAACUCCACAAUUCAUCAGCACAGUUUCGGUUCGCUAACCACGACCUCCGUCUGGCCCAGGACUGGAAAAAGCUUGGCGUGGCAGCAGUUGUGUGGGAUGCGGCAGUUGUCAUGUGCAUGUACCUGGAGCUGGGGAAGGUGGAGUUAAAGGGGAAGGGGGCUAUUGAACUGGGAGCUGGCACUGGACUGGUGGGCAUUGUUGCAGCCCUGCUGGGUGCCAAAGUGACCAUUACUGACAGGGAGCCUGCCCUAGACUUCCUCUCUGCCAACGUGAAGGCAAACCUGCCCCCAGGCUCCCAGGGAUCAGUGGUUGUGUCCGAGCUGACCUGGGGCGAGGGCCUUGAACGUUACCCAGCCGGGGGAUUUGAUCUGGUGCUGGGAGCGGACAUCGUUUAUCUGGAGGACACCUUUGAGCCGCUGCUGCAGACUCUGGAGCACCUGUGCUCGGACACCACUGUGGUGCUGCUGGCCUGUAAGAUCCGCUACAAGCGAGAUACAGACUUUCUGAGCAUGCUGAAGCAGCGGUUCAGAGUUGAAGAGGUCCACUAUGACAAACAGAGGGACAUCCAUGUGUAUAAAUCUUGGAAACUGCCACCUUUGAGGGAUUUGUGACAACUGGGUGUCCGAACGACUCAGUUCUCUUCAGCUGACUUCCUUCCUCUUUGUAAUAAUUUCCUGUUUUUGCAUAAGAAUCAAAUAAAAUGUGUAAAAAAUCAAAGAUUACCAGAAACACAUUUAUUAACAGCUGCCAAAAAUGUAAUAUUUCAAUAGCUCUAACAUAAUGCACUGUAUUAUACAAGUUGGUGCUGACACUUAGAAAUUGUGAAUACAAAAUUAAUGAAAAGCAAAAUAAAAAAAGCAUACUAUGUCAUGAUAAUACCUAAAAUAAUACAAUAUGGCAUUCCAUUACCAUGAAAAUAUCCAUUUUGUCACUGUGAAGCCAUUGUUUUUGAUUUGGUUGCACUUUUCAAUCCUUUUGCAGGGUGUCUGAUCGGUGCAAUGGAGUUGGUACUUGGCGCUCCACACAGCUAACAACGUCUGAACAAAUGCACAAUGAUGCCUUGAUGAUCACUAAACAAAACACUUGUGGACACUUUGUAAUCGAUUACUGGUUCGCAGUGUAACUUUCAUGUACAGUCAUAGCGGCAUCUCAGCCACCAGCCGCAGGGUUUGCCUGUGAGUGCUGUGAGAUUUUCCCGUUAAUGUGAAAUGUGGAAGGAUUGUAUAUGCAAGGAAAGUGCGCAUGCCACUUUGUAAUCAUGUAAAACAGAAUUUGGAGACAGCCUGUUGUGAUGCCUUAACAGCCUGGGACACACCCUGUUACCUUCAGAUUAUAUCAGAAACUCAUCUACCUCCAGCUGCAGGAAUUGUCUUUUUUUCUGUUUCUACAGAAAUAGUUCAAACUGUCCCAAUAACAAAAAGGUGGGGACGUGUUCAAAGACGCUACAACAUGCGGACAUUGCAGGCAAUCCAUGAUUCCAGAGAUGGACCACAUGUCUCAUGUUACCAAAUAUGCAGACAAGGUAUUUCUUUCAUUGCAAGUAAGGCUCAUUAUUUUUUUAUUCAAAAAGAAUAUGUGACUUAAAUAAUUUAAUAAAAUAACUGGAUUGAAAAAUCCAUCAUACAAAAAUAUGGGGGAUACCACUUUUAGCACAAACACUGCAGUUUAGCUAUUUUUGGUUUACAUGAACUGGUGCAAAAGCAGCAGUUCAUGUGCAUUUUAUUCAAAUCUGUUUCAACAAUUUCAGUCACUGGAGGCAUGUUAUGCCACCGAGAGGACCCCGUUUACUGUAAACUACGGUGAGCAGCAGGAAACAACUAGGCUGCCCCUUUUAUAUGUCUUUUGUUUACAUUGGUAGAAAUAAAAAAAACAAUGAGCCUUAGUAAUAUGAUUGGAAACAUGCAUCAGAGACCCAAUAAACCUUGAAGAGUAGUAACCAUGAAUGUUCCACUGGAGAUGUCUGAACUCGUCUCUAAUGUAUUUUUAAAGCUGCAUUUAACAUGAAAACCAUAUGACAACCCAAUGUAAUGGUUAGCUUUGUUUUUCAUGUCUUAUCAAGGCAAAGUAAAUGAAAGUUUU